UCUCGGCCGCCCCGUGCAGAUCUCCGGAAGCAGGCGAGGCAGCUGGAGAACGAGCUGGACCUGAAGCUGGUCUCCUUCAGCAAACUCUGCACCAGCUACAGCAGCACCCGAGACGGAAGGCGCGACAGCUCUGACACAACUCCUCUCUUAAAUGGAUCAAGCCAGGACAGAAUGUUUGAGACUAUGGCUGUGGAGAUUGAACAACUUCUGGGAAAGCUUACUGGAAUAAAUGACAAAAUGGCAGAAUACACAAAUAGUGCAGGAGUCCCGUCCCUGAACGCUGCACUGAUGCAUACGUUACAGCGUCAUAGAGACAUAUUGCAGGAUUAUACGCACGAAUUCCACAAAACCAAAGCGAACUUUUUGGCAAUACGAGAAAGGGAGAAUCUGUUGGGAUCAGUACGAAAAGAUAUCGAAUCAUAUAAAAGUGGGUCUGGUGUGAAUAACAGAAGAACAGAACUAUUCCUGAAGGAACACGAACACCUUCGAAA